UAAGAAUAGAAUGCAUCUCCUCCUUAACCAACACUCCCUUAUUUAUUUUUUCUAAACCCCUCUCUCUCUCUCCCUCACACUAAAGGAGAUAUACAUAUAUAUACUCCUACUAAUAUUUGAUACACUUAACAUUUUCACCAUUUCUUGAACAGAAAUUUGAUCUCUCUUUUGCUCCUCUCAAAGUAUGAAUCAUAACCAAACAUAUUUGGACUUGUGGCAAAAGUAUUGUAGGUUAUGACUUGCACUAAUGAGAUGGAUUUUUUCCCAGCUAAUUUCAUGCUACAGACUUCUCAUGAAGAUGAACAUCAACCUUCAACUUCUCUCACUCCCAUUCUUCCCUCAUGUUCACCUCAAGAUUUCCAUGGUAUUGCUUCAUUUCUAGGAAAAAGAUCCAUGUCAUUUUCUGGGAUGGAGGCAAUUAAUAAUAAUAAUUGUGAGGAAAAUCAUAAUGGAGAGGAGGAUUUAUCAGAUGAUGGUUCACAAGCAGGGGAAAAGAAAAGAAGACUUAAUAUGGAACAAGUAAAAACUCUUGAGAAGAAUUUUGAGUUAGGAAACAAACUUGAACCUGAAAGGAAAAUGCAAUUGGCUAGAGCUCUAGGCUUACAACCAAGACAAAUUGCAAUUUGGUUCCAAAAUAGAAGAGCAAGAUGGAAAACAAAGCAAUUGGAGAAAGAUUAUGAAAUCCUUAAAAGACAAUUUGAAGCUAUUAAAGCUGAAAAUGAUGCUCUCCAAUCUCAGAACCAAAAACUUCAUGCAGAGGUAAUGGCACUAAAGAAUAGGGAUCAACCAACAGAAUCAAUCAAUUUGAACAAGGAAACAGAAGGAUCAUGCAGUAAUAGAAGUGAAAACAGCUCAGAAAUCAAGCUAGAUAUUUCAAGAACACCAGCCAUUGACAGCCCAUUGUCAACUCAUCAUCCAAUUACAAGCAGACCCUUUUUUCCACCCUCAAUUAGACCUAAUAAUAAUGGGGUGGCUCAACUUUUCAACAUGAACCCUAAUACAAUUUCAAGACCAGAUCUGAAAUUAAUGGACCAAAAUAGUACUGUCAAAGAAGAAAGCAGCUUAUCCAACAUGUUUUGUGGAAUUGAUGAUCAAACAGCUUUUUGGCCAUGGCUUGAGCAACAACAUUUUAAUUAACUUUUUAAUGGACCAAAAGUUUAGUUUUCCAAAAGUUGCUGAGUUGAAAGAGAAUAUUUUACUACAUUUCUUUUGAGUUCAUGAUCAGUAAAAAGGUUAUUUAUUUCGGGUGCAUAUUAGAAAUUAUUGUAUAAAGUAACCAAGUACAUUUCAAGUACUUAAGGAAGAGCCUUUUGCAGAUCUUUAUGGAAAAUAAUAAUAAAACAUGUCUCUUUAAUUUUUC